UCGGCGUGCUCAUUUGAACAAGAAGAACCGCUACGAAGACGAGCGGCCCAGCACUGAUUGCCCAACUUACAAAUAUUGAUGGAGUGGCAGCCAGAUGAGCAGGGACUUCAGCAGGUCCUCCAGCUGCUCAAAGACUCGCAGUCGCCCAACACUGUCACACAGAGAGCUGUCCAACAAAAACUUGAACAACUUAACCAGUUCCCUGACUUCAACAACUAUCUAAUUUUUGUCUUAACACGACUUAAAACUGAAGAUGAGCCGACUCGCUCUUUGAGUGGUUUGAUCCUGAAGAACAAUGUUAAAGCCCACUACCAGAAUUUCCCCCCAACUGUGGCUGAUUUCAUCAAGCAGGAAUGUCUCAACAACAUUGGCGAUCCCUCGCCGCUCAUCCGCGCCACCAUUGGCAUCCUCAUCACUACUAUUGCCUCCAAAGGAGAGCUACAAACGUGGCCUGAACUGUUGCCCCAGCUCUGCAACUUGCUUAACUCGGAGGACUACAACACCUGCGAGGGCUCAUUCGGGGCAUUACAGAAGAUCUGCGAGGACUCGUCGGAGCUGCUGGACAGCGACGCACUGAAUAGGCCGCUCAACAUUAUGAUACCUAAAUUUCUUCAGUUCUUCAAGCAUUGCAGCCCUAAGAUUAGGUCUCAUGCUAUAGCCUGUGUGAACCAGUUCAUCAUUGGCAGAGCCCAGGCUCUCAUGGACAACAUCGACACCUUCAUCGAGAGCCUGUUUGCACUUGCAGCAGACGAGGACUCGGAGGUUCGAAAGAAUGUGUGCCGGGCGCUGGUCAUGUUAUUGGAGGUCCGCAUCGACCGGCUCAUCCCCCACAUGCACAGCAUCAUCCAGUACAUGCUGCAGCGGACUCAGGAUCCUGAUGAGAACGUGGCUCUGGAGGCCUGCGAGUUCUGGCUGACUCUGGCAGAACAACCCAUCUGUAAAGAGGUGCUGUCUGGACACCUUGUGCAACUUAUCCCCAUCUUAGUAAAUGGGAUGAAGUAUUCAGAGAUAGACAUCAUACUACUGAAGGGAGACGUGGAGGAGGAUGAGGCGGUGCCCGACAGCGAGCAGGACAUCAAGCCCCGUUUCCACAAGUCCCGCACAGUCACCUUGCAGCACGAAGGAGGGGAGGGAGAGGAGGGAGAGGACAUCGAAGAUGACGAUGACGACGACGAUGACACGCUCUCUGACUGGAAUCUGCGGAAGUGCUCGGCCGCUGCACUGGACGUGCUGGCCAACGUGUUCCGCGACGAGUUGCUGCCCCACCUUUUGCCACUCCUAAAAGGGCUGCUCUUCCACCCAGACUGGGUCAUCAAGGAGUCCGGCAUCCUGGUGCUGGGGGCCAUAGCUGAAGGGUGCAUGCAGGGCAUGGUGCCCUACCUGCCAGAGCUGAUCCCCCAUCUCAUACAGUGUCUGUGUGACAAGAAGGCUCUGGUGCGCUCCAUCGCCUGCUGGACCUUAAGUCGAUAUGCACACUGGGUGGUCUCCCAGCCCCCUGACUCCUACCUCAAACCCCUUAUGACAGAACUCUUAAAACGCAUCCUGGAUGGCAACAAAAGGGUGCAGGAGGCCGCCUGCAGUGCGUUUGCUACCUUGGAGGAGGAGGCGUGCACAGAGCUGGUGCCCUACCUGAGCUUUAUCCUGGACACACUGGUCUUUGCUUUUGGAAAGUACCAGCACAAGAAUCUGCUCAUCCUGUAUGAUGCCAUUGGAACGCUGGCAGAUUCAGUGGGCCACCACCUCAAUCAGCCUGAGUACAUUCAGAAGUUAAUGCCCCCCCUAAUUUCCAAGUGGAAUGAACUAAAGGAUGAAGACAAAGAUCUUUUCCCAUUGCUGGAGUGUCUGUCGUCGGUAGCCACAGCCCUGCAGAGCGGGUUCCUGCCUUAUUGUGAGCCUGUCUAUCAGCGCUGUGUCACGCUGGUCCAGAAGACCCUGGCUCAGGCCAUGAUGUACAACCAGCACCCAGACCAGUACGAGGCACCGGAUAAAGAUUUCAUGAUUGUGGCCCUGGAUCUGCUGAGCGGACUGGCUGAGGGUCUGGGGGCUCAUGUGGAACAACUGGUGGCUCGCUCCAACAUCAUGACCCUGCUUUUCCAGUGCAUGCAGGACACCAUGCCUGAGGUGAGGCAAAGCUCCUUUGCCCUGCUGGGUGAUCUGACCAAGGCGUGCUUCCUCCACGUGAAGCCCUGCAUCGCUGAGUUCAUGCCCAUCCUGGGGCUCAAUCUGAACCCGGAGUUCAUCUCGGUGUGUAACAACGCUACCUGGGCCAUUGGCGAGAUCUCCAUGCAGAUGGGUGCAGAGAUGCAGCCGUACGUGGGCAUGGUGCUGCCUCACUUGGUGGAGAUCAUCAACAGACCUAACACACCAAAGACUCUGCUGGAAAACACAGCCAUUACAAUUGGCAGGCUUGGUUUCGUCUGUCCUCAGGAAGUAGCACCGCAACUGCAACAUUUUAUUAGACCUUGGUGUUCGUCAUUGAGGAAUAUCAGAGAUAAUGAAGAGAAGGACUCGGCUUUCCGGGGAAUCUGUGUGAUGAUCGGCGUCAACCCGGCAGGAGUGGUGCAGGACUUCAUUUUCUUCUGCGAUGCCGUGGCUUCAUGGGUCACUCCAAAGGAUGACUUGAGAGACAUGUUUUAUAAGAUCCUGCAUGGCUUCAAGGACCAGGUUGGAGAAGAGAACUGGCAGCAGUUCUCUGAGCAGUUCCCUCCUCUGCUGAAGGAGCGCCUGACGGCCUGCUAUGGCGUUAAUCAAGGGGAGGGUAACCGGGGAACUCAUUGCACUGCCCAGAACGUGGGGAGAAACUAGAGCUGGAGGGAUGUGACUGGCCUUGACCCUUCACUCUGCGGACGGCCCCCCUUUCCCCCGCGCCCCGUUUGUCUCUGUGAGGGAGGGUGGGAGGAGGGUGGUGGGUGUGGGAGGGUAAACUGGGGAUAUACAUAUACCUCUGGGAUUAAACGCCUCACUAAAUCCGACACACUCAAAAGUGACUUUCGCCAACAAGACCGCAGGGAUCCUAGGUAAGUAAGGGCAACGUAGGGGCAGAGUUUGACUGCCCCCUCCUCGAUUGGAUUCUCUCAUGAGUUGGAUGAUGGCUGGGAGGGGAGGGGGUGGCAAAUAGGUACAUAGAGGAAUUAUCUGAACCAGCAUAGGGUGCCACAAUCCCAAAUACUACAACACAUGUAGAAUGACUCACAUGUAGCUGUGUUUAAGCCGGCUUGUGCCAGAGGCCAAAACAGAAAACGGAUGCUUUUACAAUGUAAUAAUGUGCACAAAACUUUUUGCACCUUUUACUGCAAACUUGCAUAAACUUUUUGGUGUGCAUAUAGUUGGAUCUUUCUUCAUAUGUAGCUGAAUUUAAUUUCCUUUCCACUUCCCUUGGUUGCUAUUUUCCUCUGUAACUGUUAGAUUUGAUUUAUUUCCCCUCAUCAGAGGCAAUAAAGAUGCAGUCCAUCUGUCCUCUAAGGUUUAAACCACCGCAGUACCAGAAUAUCGCAUGGCAUAAGAUCACCCUAAGUCGCAUGUUUGAGUGAACGUCUGUCUGUCUUCAUUUACUGCAUUAAACAUCAUCAGUACAGGGAGGCUGCCAUAAUUUAGGGCUGUCAGGUGCUUGUGUUUGUCCCCUUGCAUACUGUCUAAUCACUGUCCCCAUAGUUUAAUGAAGGCAGUUUAGAAGACCAAGUAUAAGUUGAUUAAUUUGGGAAUUCGGCUCAAGUUAGACAGUUAUAAUUGCAACAAGAGCUCAAAUGUUGUAGGCAGAUCAGGAAUACUAUUUGCUGCUGUAGUUUUAUUUUUAGAAUAUUUACACAACAUACUUUGAGAGCGAUAAGACAUCACCAAGACUGAAUUGGUUCUCAUUGGUAUCGAUGCACUUUUUCUGUAAGAAAUCUAGAAUUUCUCAUGUUAGGCAUACAGUAAUAUACUGAACUUGAGAUUUUUUUCUCUGUUUUUGGUUUUUAGGACUGUUGUAAGCAUGAUAAUGUUAAGCAAUGGUAAAGUGACAUUGGUAAGACUCGAGGCCUCUUAACAUAGUUUUAUAACGCAGUUCCUUAAAUGGACUGAAUAGGAUUUAAGGAAGGGGGCACCAUAGUUAAGGUUAUCUUGGAUCCAUGUCCUACUGCACCUGUCAAUCCAUACAUGUGUAUGAAGAUGUCAUCUUAACUUCUUGGUUUAGCAGUGGCUACCUGAGCCAUACUUGUCAUAAUCAUUGCAUGUGUUUCCUCAAGAUUUUCAGUCUUUUCAUAACCGUCCCUUUUAAGGGGUCAUCCUUAUAAGAGCUUUGUCAAUGGCAAUGCAACUCUGCUGGACUAAUAGGGUACUUAUCCAGCUUCUGAUCAAACUAGUGAUUGUUGUUGCCAUAAAUUUACCCGUUGAUACUGUGUAGGGUAUGCCUGGGACUACAGAGUCCUAUUAAUCCUCCCCUGACAAUUGUUAGCUUAUGUGAGGGAGUGGUGGUUGUUAUUCAACUUUAUCUUUUUAGAUAUUCUCCAUAGUGGACAGUAAUGGAAGUGUGCAUGGCUCUGUGUGUUGGGGUUAAGUUAUGUAGACACAAUUUAGCACCAGCCCAACUUUAAAGUUCUGUUUGGGAGGUUAGUUUCAGUCUUGCUUGUGUUGAUGUAGCCCCCAGUGAUAUACACCUACCUUCCAGAUAGCAGCCUGAUUGUCGGGUUGCUCAAAAGGCCCUGAGAUGAGUACUGGGGGAGAAAAAUAAUAAAUCUAUUCCCAAACCAAGGAGCAAACCAAGCUUCUCUCUUUGGAAACUGCAUUUAGUAGAAAAAAGGCAUAGAUACAUGAUUUUACAUUUUUCUUCCUCCAAUGUGACAUGGAUUUAGAUUGACAGUGUUUUAGAUAUUAAACAUUUUCAUAAACCGCAACACUCGACAGAGUACUGGUGGCAUCUUCUGUGGGUUAAACUUUUAAAAGGAUGCAGCUGCUGUCCCACAAAGGAAUUGGUUUUGAAAUAUCAAAGCGUUACCAUUCUUUGCCAUAUCAAUGGGCAAAUUUUACUGAAAAUUCAAUCUCAGCGUAACUGUCCACAGGUUGAACAUUUUCUUUCAAUUGUUUAGUUUUAUUUGCAUCUUGUAUUUUAUUUUUAAUUAAUUUAUUUUACUUUUUAUUGUUUUAUAUUUUAUUUCUUUGUGCUUUCAUGCACAAAUAGGUUUGGACUUUAAAAGUUUUUUUCCUUUUUUUUGCUUUUUAUUCUUUUUAUUUAAAGAACAGUUUUUGUUUUCGUUGUUUUACAGCGUACCGUCUGAUUAUGUCUAAUUUUGACAAAUGGAUUGAAGGAGAGCCUUUGCUGUGUGCACACUUUGGGGAAGAAACCAAACUCACAACUAUGUUUCAAUCUGAUAUCAAGGCUGGCAAUUUAAGUUAAUGUACCUUUUUUCUGAACUGUGGUGCAGGUGGGAUGUAAUCUGAUGUAUCCCUUUUUAUUUAAUUUUUGUGAAUAGGGGAAAAUAAAAAAUUUUUUUCUAUUG